GGGCUGGGCUUUCCUCAGGGGGAAGAGAGGGGAAAAUGGCCGCCUCCCAACGGCCUGGGGGGCCUCCCACUCCCCCCCCUCCCCACGCUCGGCUGCCGCUGCUCCCAGCGUGUGGGGAGGUGUCACGGCCUCCCCCGCGGCCUUCGUGGGCCGGGCCGGUGCUGUCCUGUGGAGUUAUGAGGUACUCCGGCGCGCGAGCAGAAAUAACGCCUAACUGGUGAGGGAAAAGCUUGCUUUUAAUGAAGUAUUUAUCACAUGUUGAGAAGUUAGUAAACCUGGCCAAAAGCUAAUGUCGUCAGAAACGCUGAGAGAAAGUCCAGAGGUGCCAACAGAAAAUACCAUGUCACCUGAAGCUCCUGAUGCGGAAGGAGAGGUGAAGGCAAGGGACAAUCCAGUAGAGAGACGGGAGGCAGGCUCAGACAAGGAAGAAUGCCUUGAGCCCAUGUCCAAGAGGCAAAGGAAGAAACUAUUGAAGCAGAAACAGUGGGAAGAACAGAAAGAUCUACGGAGGCAGAAACGAAAAGAAAAACGCCAGAAGAGAAAACUAGAACGUCAGUCAACGCUGGACCACAAUAAUGAAGGGAGUGACAGAAAGCGUGUGCGAAGGGAAGUUGUUCCUAGUACACUUCGCCUCAUCGUGGACUGCAGCUUUGAUGACUUGAUGGUGCUAAAGGAUGUUAAGAAGCUGCACAAGCAAAUUCAGAGAUGUUAUGCAGAAAACCGCAAAGCAUUCCAUCCUGUGCAGUUUUACUUGACCAGCCACGGGGGACAGUUGAAGAACAACAUGAAUGAAAACGACAAAGGAUGGGUAAACUGGAAGGAUAUCCAAAUUAGAACAGAACACUAUAGUGAGUUAAUAAAGAAAGAAGACCUAGUAUAUCUUACCUCAGAUUCCCCAGACGUUCUCAGUGAGCUUGAUGAGAAGAAAGCCUAUGUGAUUGGAGGGCUGGUGGAUCACAAUCACCACAAGGGAAUUACUUACAGAAAAGCUGUAGAGCAGGGAAUUGGUCACGCACAGCUCCCGCUGGGAAACUUUGUCAAGAUGAACAGUCGGAAAGUGUUAGCUGUCAACCAUGUAUUUGAGAUCAUCCUUGCGUACCUGGAGAAGAGAGACUGGAAGGAGGCCUUUUUCAGUGUCUUGCCACAGCGGAAAGGGGCUGUUCCUUUGGGAGAGGCCAAUGAUUCGUCCAAACACGCUCUGUCUGGAAAAGAAGAUGAAGGCAACGGCUCGGACAGCAGCUAGGCUUCAGAGGGAGAAGAUGGGAGAGAGGAGACACACAGUUCAUGGGACAUGCGGUCGCACGCCAAAGACCAUCUGCUGCCCUUGUGACACUGAAUUGACUCAAUGCUUGGUAGUUCAAUAGUUGCCCUAGAGCUGUUUUGGACAUGAAGGGUAGAGAUAAAUACAAGUUUUUUACCCUGAAACUUCAAUAUUAAUAGCUUUUUUUAAAAAAAAAUAAAUUAAUGGUAAAUGCGGUAUUUAUUUUGUUUCCCAGAGGAAGCUAUUUAUUUAAAAAAAAAAAAAAAAUUAUACAUGCCAAGUUGGGUGUAUUACCCAAGAGCAGUGGUAAUUACUAUUUUAACGGAUGCAUCUUCUCUAUUUCUGCUCUACAUUUUCUUAAAAGCAGUGAAUGACAAGCGUUCCUGUGACCUCAAAACCUGUACCAGUAGUGCUUGUUACAAAGUGUGCGUGGACACUCAGAAAAAAUCAAGAAAAACUGUAGUUUCCCUGAGCAUCUCAACAGACAAUCACAAGCACCUGAACUGCCUCCAUCAGCCGAGCCACACAGAUCUCUGUGCCAUGUUUACCUGGCUGGGGUCAGUAGAUGAAAUACGAGUGUGGGGUUAAGCCAGUGCUUUAUACUUCAGUUUGAGUGGGAUGGAUGUCUGCCCAAAUGCAGAUUGUGUGUCUUGGUUGGUACAUGGUGCAUGUUGAUUUAAGGUGACACAAUCUUUUGGUUACUUUUUGAGCCUCUUAGCAAAAUGUAUCACGUGGUCUCAGAACAAGACCAGGAGACGGGAACUCUUUCUUACAAGUCCCUCAGUUUCAGUAUACUUGUUUUAGCCCAGGAUUCUGUAUGUAUUGCCAUAUGUCUGUCAAAUAUUUUCCUUUUUAGAAAAAAAAAAAGUUGCAAUCUCA